GUCGUAAUUUCUCACGGAUGAAUGUCAUCGACUUGAACACCUAGUACUCAAGAGCUCUACAGAAGGCUUCCAUCAUCACCACUACCUUCGUCACUGCUUUAUUAUGGACCUAAAUGACUGGCUAUUUGUUGAGGGCUAGAUUAUUUAUGCAUUCGCUACAGUGCAGAAAAGAAGUUGGAUGGGACGAUACUCUAUCGGAUGAUGAAUUACGAGAGUGGACUAAUAUUUGCAAGCAAGUGAAUGGUGUUCCUGAAAUUCCAGUGAAGAGAUUUGUUGGUCGUAGAAAUGAUCCUUUCCAACUGAUUGCUUUUUGUGAUUCUAGCAAGCAUAUAUAUGGAGUUGUGCUCUUUAUCAAGAACUUGAGAACAAAGGAGGACCUGAUACCAUUCAGGAUAUCUUGGAAGAUGACCAUUUGGAUGUAACAAUCCCAAAUCCUUUAACCAACGUGCUUGAAGUUUCAGAGGGCCAGUGUGAGAUAAGGAGUGUGACAAAGCCAGAGAUGGG